AUGGACCCGCUCUCGAUCGUCACCUCGGUCUGUACGCUCGCCUCCAACCUCCAGACAUGGUUCGGAGUGCGCCAAGAGCAGACAGACGUCGCGCGGAACCUAGCGCUGACCGUGGCGCAGAUCCACAGCAUCACCCUGCAAUUCCAGUCUCGGGAAGCGGCGCAGAAGCUCACGCCAGCGGUGAUCGCCUCCUUUCGCGCUCUGGCGUCUACCCUCCUCUGCACGCAGGACCAUCUCCUCCAGCUGAACGGGGAAUCCCCACUGAAUGGAAAGGGGAAGAACGUCUUCCAGCAAGCGGUGGAAUUUCUCCGCCCCGACGAUGUCACCAAGAAGCUGAUGAGUGACGAGAAGCAACUGACGAAUCAGCUGGUUGUUAUCCUCUUCGGCGUGACAAUGCAAAGCUUCUUCUCCGGGCCCUCCCAGGGUGUAUCUGUAUCUAGCAAUACUGACAAUACGGAAGACCUGGUUCUAGCGACUGUCUCAGACAGAGAAAUCCGGAGUUUCUGGAAAGACUACGUCGGCGCUAAACUACUCUGCGUGCCUCCGAACACGUUUGCCACUUCCCUCAAGGCAUGGUACAAAUCUGGACUGUCGGAUUCAGCAUGCGAGGCCUUGCUCUUCCGGUUGGACGAGUAUGCGGUGGGGGGAAUCACCCCAAGCAGCCUGGAGAACUUUACACAGGGAAGGAGUCUCCGGGUAGUCAUCGACGAGUUCACAAAACAAAAGCACAUUAUGCCGUCUAAUGGUAAGACGCAGGGAGCAGGACCAGCUGUUGCAAAGAUCGUAUCUUCCCCCUCCAGUAACCUACGAAUCCCCCUCCUGAUAUGGAUGGAUGACGACCCCAAAAACAACCUCCAAACGGUUGCAUUUGCACGAUCGCUGGGUAUCCUAGUUAUUGAACUCACUUCGACUGCUCUUGCCAAGUGCUGGUUUGAGGAGAAUGAAGCAUUCGUGCGCGCCCACGAUACGGCAUCUCAGAUCCGUGUCAUAUCUGAUAACGCACGUUACGAGUCUGAGAAUGUGCCUGUUGGGGCGGGAAGACAGUCCUUCGCUCAGCAGGGCGAGGACAGCGUGUUCCUGAACUGGAGUGCGGGCGAGCAAAUUCUUCGCUACCUGCGCGGACGGCGUCAACCUAUGCGCACGGGGUAUGUAUUACAGUAUGCACAGGCGGGGAGUACGACGAACACCACAGUGGUAACGCGGUACUGCCAGGCAUUGGCCCAACGACGCAACGACGAUGCGGAAUGGAGACGAUUCAAUGCAUAA